AUGGCGAACGAGAUCAAGUUCUUCGAGUUGAACACCGGAGCGAAGAUUCCCUCAGUCGGCCUUGGCACGUGGCAGUCCCAGCCAGGCGUCGUCGGUCAAGCUGUUGAAAUCGCCAUCAAGGUUGGAUACCGCCAUAUUGACUGUGCUCGAUCCUAUGGAAAUGAAAAGGAGAUAGGUUCAGUUUUAAAGAAGCUGUUGGAUGAUGGAAUUGUGAAGAGGGAGGAUUUAUUUAUUACUUCCAAACUCUGGUGUGCCGAUCAUGCACCAGAAGAUGUACCCGUGGCAUUAGAUCAAUCAUUGAAAGAUUUGCAGCUUGACUAUCUUGAUUUGUAUCUUAUCCAUUGGCCUGCCCGACUGAGGAAGGGGGCUGUUGGCAUGAAUCCAGAAGACUUUGUUCCAGUGGACAUACCUACCACAUGGAAGGCUAUGGAAGCACUCUAUGAUUCUGGUAAGGUCCGAGCUAUUGGAAUUUGCAAUAUCUCCUCCAAAAAGCUGGGUGAUCUAUUGGGUGUAGCUCGCAUUCCUCCUGCUGUUGUGCAAGUUGAGUGCCAUCCGAUUUGGCAGCAGACAAAACUACGAGAAUUCUGUAAAUCAAAGGGAGUUCACCUCACUGGGUAUUCACCACUUGGUUCACCUGCAACGGCGCUGUACAAGAGAAAUGUCCUCAAGCAUUCUGUUGUAGUUGCUACAGCAGAAAAAUUGGGUAAAACUCCCGCUCAGGUUGCUCUUCGAUGGGGUUUGCAGAUGGGCCAUAGCGUAAUUCCCAAGAGCACAAGUGAAUCAAGGAUCAAAGAGAACUUUGAUGUUUUCAAUUGGUCUAUACCUGAUGACUUGUUUGCCAAGUUCUCCGAAAUUGAGCAGGAAAGACAAGUUACAGGUCACUUCUUUGUCCAUGAGAAAUUCGGCUCAUACAGAACCGUUGAUGAUAUAUGGGAUGGUGAGACCUGA